AUGCCGGGAGGUGAUCAGGCCGACGCGGAAGGAUUCCUUCCGCUCCUUUUCCAGGAAAGUGGGAACUCGGAGGUGAUCCUGAUGAUCCUGGAUCUGGGCAGCCUGGACUCCGUGCGAGCUUUUGCGCAGACCUUCUUAGAAUCGGAGCCCCGUCUGGACAUCCUCAUCAACAACGCAGGGGUCUUUCAGGGUGGCCAAACUGCCGAUGGCUUUGACCAGGCCUUCCAGGUCAACCACUUGGCCCACUUCCUGCUGACCCACCUGCUCCUCGACCGGCUGAAGCGCUGCGCCCCGAGCAGGAUCGUAACUGUGGUCUCCAGUAUCCACGUUUUGGGGAAGAUCGACUUUCGGACCAUCCACAGGCCGGUGGAAGGGAUGUGGCAAGCUCUGCAUUCGUACUCCAACAGCAAACUAGCCAACGUUCUCCAAGUGAGAGAGUUGGCCAACCGACUGGAAGGAACCGACGUCACCUGCUACGCGGUUCAUCCAGGUAAGUGGAAGUCCGGCUCCAAGGCGCUCCAGAUCGAGCCCCCCCCCCGUAUCCCAAUGGGUGCUCCCUUGACCUCCUAUGCAGACCACCCAGGGAGUUUCCUCCACCAAGCUCAGCUGCGGAGGGAGAACGUCUCCCACCAUCCCAGGUCCCGAAUCCUAGAAUCUUAG